ACGUUGAAAAUGCACAUCCAAACGCACAGAAAAGAUCGACCAUACCAAUGCGAUGUGUGUGUGUCGACAUUUAAAACUGUGCUUGGACUAAAGAACCAUGCACGCAAGCACAGCGACAAGAGGCCGCACAAAUGUGACGUGUGUGCAGCGACGUUUAAAACUCGGCAGGGAGUGACAAGCCACAUGCACAGACACAGCGACGAGAGACCGUACAAAUGCGAAGUGUGCGGUGCAACGUUCAAAAUAUUGCAGCGACUGAUGGACCACAUGCUCAUACACACCGGAGAGAGACCCUACAAGUGUAAAGUGUGUCCGUGGGCUUUCCGCAGCAUGUCAAAUUUAAACAAGCACACACGCAUACACACAGGUGAGAGACCCUACGGCUGCACAGUGUGUCCAGCACGGUUUAAGAUCAACGCGCAUCUCAAGUCACAUCUGCGCAUACACACGGGAGAGAAACCGUACACCUGCCACUUGUGCGAGUAUCGCAGUGUGACACGUUCCGACCUGAAGAAGCAUCUCAUGGUUCACACCGGCGAGAAACCGUUUGCGUGUGAUACUUGUGCAGCGACGUUCGCUCGCAAGCAUCUUCUUCUUUCACACGAGCAAGUGCACACUGGGAAGAGACGGCACCAGUGCGACGUGUGUAAACUGCGCAUUGCGUCUGUGUCGGACCUGCACAAGCACAUGCGCACUCACACCGGUGAGAAACCGUAUCGCUGUGACGUUUGCAAGAAGAGCUUCAGCCAGGCCCCUCGACUGUCGAAGCAUCUCAUGGUUCACACCGGCGAAAAACCGUUUGCGUGCGAUACUUGUGCAGCGACCUUCGCUCGCAAGCAUCUUCUUCUUUCACACGAGCAGGUGCACACUGGAAAGAGACGGUACCAGUGUGACGUGUGUAAACUGCGCAUUGCGUCUGUGUCGGACCUGCACAAGCACAUGCGCACUCACACCGGUGAGAAACCGUAUCGCUGUGACGUUUGCAAGAAGAGUCAGCCAGGCCCCUCGACUGUCGGCCCACUUUGCCAAAGCUCACUCACAGUAAGCAGUCACACGACAAGACUAGACGAUCAUACGACGAACAGUCCAAAAAGAAGACCAACAGUCACUUGA